AUGUCAUCAGCACGUGAAACAAAUCAAUCAAUACCUACACCAUCAGCACGAUCAACAAAUAAUUCAGUACCAACGACAAUAACUAAAUUUUUAUUAGCACCUGAAACAAAUGGUUUAUCAUCAACAAAAGUAUCAAAUAGUUCAUCAACAACAAGAACAACAAACGAUUCUUUACCAUUACCAUCGUCAUACGUAACAAGUGAAUCACUAGUUGAUGAUGAACAUUCAUUAUUAUCAGUUGUCAUGAUACCUAAUGAUGAUGAAUUGGUAGAUUGUUUUCAAACCAAUGUUCAAAUAAAAAACCAAGUUUGUGGUGAAAUUCAGUAUUUGUUUAAACAAACUCAACUUUUUUCUACAAACAUUCAUACAAUCUUCAAUGAAAAUAUCAGUAUGAAAAAUUUUUUAAUCGAAACGAAGUCAUCUCUCAUUAAAUUAAAACAAUCAAUAUUUGAUUUGAUAAUCAUUUGUGAUUCAGCACUAGAUAAAAUUCCAUUCAUUUCCACAACUUUUGAUGAAAUAAAAUCAACUGAAGUAGUUGUGUUUCGUGAUCCAUCUACAAUAAAAGUUUAUAAUGAAUUAGAAUUACGUUACUUAGUUGAUCAAGGUCCGUAUCAACCUGUAAAUAUCACAAUAUCCAGUUAA